AUGUGUGGCCAGCCCCAGACUAGCUACACCUGUUGGAGACCAGAAGAGAUAAAGGGUUCCUUUUCCCAGGGAGCUCCCAAUCUGGCUUGUCUGCCCACCACCCAGGACUCCGGACAGCAGGGACUGGAAACCACUGAGAGUCAGCUCAGGGAGAUCAGGAAGGAGAACCUAAGGCUGCAGCUCCUUGUGUCGUCUUUGGAAGAGAAGCUGGAGGAGAAGGAGCAGGCACUGAGGGAGCUCCUGACCCCCAGGGCCUCUGAGCAGGGGGAGACCGAGAUGAUGCCCUCCUCCCUGCUUAAGAAACUGCCUCUUAACUCCCGGUGGGCCUCCUGCCACUCAGCCCCAGAAGAGCAGAAGAAGGGACCCCGGGCUGAGGGUGUUCCCCAGGGUCACUGCACUCACUGUAACGCCUUCCUGGAACAACUGGACAGAGUGCUUCAAGGUUGGGCAGCCUCUUCAAAACCAGCAGAGGAGAAGUCACAGGCAGAGGGGCAGCUUCAGAAGGUCUUGGAGGGCCCCAACAAGCAUGCCCCAAGGGGCCGAGCUCCCCGGAAUGACCUGAGGGACGUGGAGCGGGUGAAGCAGCAGCAUCGGCUGGUGACUGCGCAGUUACAGGAUCUGUUUGGGGAGAGGCGGGAGAGGACGGCCAGAACUGGGCAGCCCCCCAGGGAGUGGCCGGAGGGAAGCUCUGGAGAUCAGGGGGCCAAGAAGCCUCCAGUGGAGCAGGGGUGUCUCCUGGAGGCAGAAGGCCGUGAACCUGGUGCCCAGGGCAAUUUGUGUGAGGAUGGAGGGGGCUGCUUCCCAGUCAGGGAAUAG